UAAAGUUGGGGAUACCGAGAGCUUGCAUCAGAAAUCUAACAGCAUGGCGAGUGACGAAUUAGAAGGAAAAGUGAAAAAUCUUCAACCCCAUUUAUCUAAACAAGAUUUGAACACAUUAGAGGUGAAAAAGUUGACACCUCUGACACCGGAGGUAAUUAGCAGACAAGCAACAAUUAAUAUAGGUACAAUUGGCCAUGUAGCCCACGGUAAAUCAACAGUAGUUAAAGCUAUAUCAGGUGUACAGACUGUUCGUUUUAAGAAUGAGUUAGAAAGAAAUAUUACAAUUAAGUUAGGAUACGCAAAUGCUAAGAUAUUUAAAUGUGACGGUGAAAAUUGUGAGAGACCAGGAUGUUACAGAUCUUGUGGAAGUAGUAAAGAAGAUGUCUUCCCGUGUGACAGACCUGGAUGUACAGGAAAAUUCAGAUUACAAAGGCACGUAUCAUUUGUAGAUUGUCCCGGUCACGAUAUUCUUAUGGCAACCAUGUUGAACGGAGCAGCUGUCAUGGAUGCAGCACUUCUUUUAAUAGCGGGAAAUGAAUCCUGUCCACAACCACAGACAUCAGAACAUUUAGCUGCUGUAGAAAUCAUGAAAUUAAAACAUAUUUUAAUCUUACAAAAUAAAAUAGAUUUAGUUAAGGAAGCACAAGCCAAAGACCAGUAUGAACAGAUACUGGCUUUUGUCAAAGGUACAGUAGCUGAAGGAGCCCCUGUUAUACCAGUAUCUGCACAAUUGAAAUAUAAUAUUGACGUUGUAUGUGAAUAUAUUACUAAACGUAUUCCAGUACCUAUUCGUGAUUUUACCUCGGAACCUCGUCUUAUCGUGAUUCGAUCUUUUGAUGUCAAUAAACCAGGGUGUGAAGUGGACGAUAUAAAAGGGGGUGUGGCAGGUGGAAGUAUUUUACGAGGGGUGUUAAAAGUUGGACAAGAGAUAGAAGUUCGACCGGGUAUCGUAUCAAGAGAUGAAGAUGGUAAAUUAACGUGUCGUCCCAUCUUAUCAAGAAUUAUCUCCCUUUUUGCAGAACAGAAUGAUCUACAGUAUGCCGUACCUGGAGGCUUAAUAGGUGUUGGUACAAAGAUUGAUCCUAUGUUAUGCCGGGGUGAUCGAAUGGUGGGACAAGUUUUAGGGGCUGUCAACGCUUUACCUGAUAUUUAUACAGAAUUAGAAAUCUCCUACUUCCUGUUACGUCGACUACUGGGGGUAAAAACAGAGGGUGAUAAAAAGGGUGCUAAGGUUCAAAAAUUGGCGAAGAAUGAAAUUUUAAUGGUGAAUAUAGGAUCAUUAUCUACAGGAGGUCGAGUUCAGGCUGUUAAAGCUGAUUUAGCUAAAAUAGGUUUAACGACACCAGUAUGUACAGAAAUAAAUGAAAAAAUUGCUUUGUCUAGGAGAGUUGAAAAACACUGGAGAUUAAUCGGUUGGGGUCAAAUUAGAAGGGGUGUGAAAGUGAUACCAGAAAACUCAGAUAAAUAAAUAAUUUAGAGACAUAUCCUGCCGUUUUAUGACAACCAUUGGAUGAUAUCACAAGUCAAGAAUAGAAAAAUACACACAAGUAAUACAGGAUACGACCACAACCUACUUAUCUCACGUUGUGCACAUGAUCAGUUACAUAAUUAUGGAUCAUAGGCACAGCAUCAGUGUUGGGUUGGGUUUGCCAGUAUUCCAUCAAAAAACAUAAAGAUAUAUGUUAAAAAACACAGCACAAUUUAUAUGGAAAACAAUCACUGGUUUACACACAUAUAGCGCGAUGUUUUGACUAGUAUUCUCUUAACGUUAUCAAGUAUUUUAUAAACCUGUGUGUAUAAAGAGAGAGAGAAAUGGGGUUUAACGUCCACUCGACACAAACUAGGUCAUUUCGGGACUAACAUAUGGUUUAAUUUUAUUUACAUAAUUCACUUGUGCGUAGGGGUCUUUAGCAGUGGGGGGAAACCGGAGGACUCGGAGAAAACCCACGAGGUUGGACAGGCGACCCUACUCCUUGUCACGUAUAACCGGGGAUUCGAAACAACGCCAGUCGACUCAAUGACAGACUUUAUGAUACAGCGCGCGCAUGCUAACCAUUCAGCCAUCCAACCCCCCCCCUGUGUGUAUAAACCAGUGAUUGUUUUCUAUAUAAAUUGUGUAUAAACCAGUGAUUGUAUUCCAUAUAAAUUGUGUUGUGUUUUUUAAUGUGCUCAAUCACUAAAUGCCACUCAAGGAAGAUAUAGGUGAAAUUGACAUAAUUUUGAAAGUAAAAUUGUUAUUAUUUUUUUUUUUUUUUUUUUUUGGCUCUUGAUGUAUGUUGAUAGUUUUAUUUUGACGAUUAACCAAUCGAACUCCAAACAUUGGAUAUCUAGAAUGCGAUUUACACUGAAUGUAUAUUUGAUUAUGGUGAAUAUAACAUAUAGGCCAUAUUCUUGUUUAUUUCCGUUGGUUUAGAAACCUGAUUUUAUCUACUGAUAGAAAUUUAAAGAUCAGAAACUGUUGGGGUUUUUUUCACAGGAUGUUUAAAACAUUGUUAAUUUCGGGAGUUGUCCAAGAUUCUAAACAAGACCUUGUUAAUCUCUUGGGGGCAGAGUUCUUAGACUCUAUUCAUUUUGGGGGGGGGGGGGAAGCUGUCCAAUCCAAGACCCGUAAAUUAUUAAGUUCUUUGGGGCAGUUGUCAAAGAGUGGUAAUUUCUUGGGGGGCAGUUGUCCAAUCCAAGACCUGUAAAUUAUAAAUUUCGUUGAUUUCUUGGCGGGGAAAUUGUCCAAAAUUCUUUAAUAUCUUGUUAUUUCUAUAAUAUGAUUAUAGAAGUUCCGUAAAAAUCAUUUCAUUCACAGAUUGUGUUAAAUAUACAAGGUGUGAUAUUUUACAUGUAUUAAAAUACAAAUAUGAUAUAAAAAUAAUCUUAUUGUUAAACACAGUCCUAGAUUAUGAGACUCUGAAUAUACAUGGUACGUAAUCGUAUUAGACAUUAAAAGAAUGACUAUCCUGAUUUCCUGAAUAACACAAAAGAGGUGUUUUUGGCAUUCGAGCAUGAUAACGCGCGUGCCCACACCGUUAGAGUUACUCAGGACUUUCCCUAGCAUAACACGCGCAUGGCCACACCGCUAGAGUUACUUGGGACUUUCUCCAGCAUGAUAACGCACGUGCCCACACCGCUAGAGUUACUCAGGACUUUCUACACAUUGAUUUGUGUUGUUCAAAGCUACUACUGCUCCCCAAAUGAUUUUUUUUUUUUUUUGAAACCACCCAUGACUUCUGCUACCCAGACUACUCGAGUCACAGAACCUGUAUACGAUUCAUAAAUAGUACACAGCUAUUGGGGUGACUCGGGCCGUUUGAGGUGCCAGAGAGAGGAGGAGGUAGUUUCGGUGGUUUCAGGAUAAAUACAGUAGGAAUCACAUUAUAUUUGGCUAGCCGAAAACCGAUCAAGACGACCGAUUCUCAGAUUGUCCAAGCUGUAAAUAGUUGACAUCUAUACAUGUGAGUCCGGUCGCUUGAGUUGCUAUUAGUUUCCGGCUACCCAAGUUUUUAAGUGCUACUAGGUUAAUACAAGAACAAUCGUACCAUGGACCAGGAACUUCGUCAAUCGAUACUCAUGUUUGCAAGGUACUAUCAUGCCAUGUUUAUGGUGACCUUACCUGAAUUGCGGAGCCUUAGGUUGUUUUCAAAGAGAAAUGGCCUCCAAGAACGAGACCGGUUGGGAUCAGUUUCUGGUCCAAAAGGAUUUUAUAUUUAUUAUUUUGACAAUAGGAACAAUAAACUGACAAAUCAAAAGUAAAUAAAAUGAGAUUUCACGUUCUCCUUGGCUAAUGAAGAUGGGCUUGUGCCAUACCGUGUGCUAUAUGGGAAAUUGUUACAUCUCAAUAUGUAAAAAUGGCCUUUUAUUAAAAGUAGGCCAAUUCUUGUAUGUAAAUUAUGAUAAUAAAAAAUUUUACUUCUUAAAAAUUAAAA